AUGGCUGACCAGUCCUUCGUUCUUCCCUGUUCCCCCUCAAUUUUGCGCCUGGAUCGAUUCGAUGUGGUCGGUUCGGAUGAGCCUGAAGUUCCCUUUUGGCAGAUCCUGUCUGGUCUCUUGGAGGAGUCACUCCACUCUGUCCGUGACAGCGCCUCUCUUAUUGAUCUUCUGCAAACCAUCUCCGUUGUGUUACACGGCGAGGCGGCCAAGAAUUACGAGUUCCUACGAGAAUUUCUGGACCAGCAUCUGACAAAGUUCACUCCGGAACCAAGCAAAUUCAUUGUAUCAACGUGGCCACGUCUAGUCAGUCUUGCACUGCAACUACCGUCUUUAUUCCCCACCGAUACCAUUCCUCCUUUCCAGGGCGACGAGACCCGACAGCUGAUCUUCAGUAGAAGGCACGUGGCAUGUCUGGUCGUCCACCAGUUCCUGUGCUCCUUGCCGGCCCAUCCAUGGCAGACAGAGUCCUUCGUUGACCUAUCACCUUGGUACUCCCGUGGAGAGGCAAUGCACCAAGGAGCCGUGCAGGCUUAUCUCACCGCACUCUUUACAUAUUUCGAAGCUAUAGGGGCUGACGAAUCAAAUAAUGGAAUCCUACACCACUCGGUGGAAGAUUGGCCCAUCAUUUUCAAGUUGUCAGAACGGGCCGAGAGCACAGCAUCCUCUCUGCUGCGCAAUAUGGCAGCCUCCUUGAGCCGUUUAACCGUGAUUCAGCUCCCACACGAGUCAACAGACAUCCCAUAUCUGGGUCUUCCAGACGGUGCAUGCGCGAUAUCCGCCAACAAAUGCGUGGGAUCGGGGGCCACGGGAACUCAAGAAGAGCUUCAUGUCCUCAUUUGCCAGGGGGCGGAAGCAAUGGUGACGAUCAAAGGACAUGGCAGACGGGCCUCCUUGGACAAGAUCCUGCAUACCAGAUCACCGUCAUCGUCCGCCAACUGGCGCAGCCGGACCAUGCUCUUCAUGGACGCCCUGGAAUUGGAUCUUGUGGUCCGUGCCCUUCCACACGGCGGAGAGAACAUCCCAGAUCUGAUGCCCAGCUCUCCCCAUCGAGAGUUGGCAAAGGCCUACACGGCGUUUUGCUCACACUCGAAAGGGACUAUUCAAACACCAUACUCCUUUGCGACGACCGGAAACUGGGGCUGCGGUGCCUUUGGGGGAAAUAAACAGGUGAAAGCGAUCAUACAGUGGUGUGCGGCGUCCAUGGCCAAUGUCCCGGAGCUUCGAUAUGUCUUGGGUGGCGCAGAGCAGAAGCGAUUUGGGGAGGAGCUCUCACGGUUCGUUGGCCAGGUAGCAGAGUACACCGGGAAAGCAUUGGAGCCUCGAGAUCUUUUCAAUGCCCUGACCCGUCUGAGUGAAGACAUCCAGAUUGGGAAGGCCCGCGUUCCCAAUCCAGAUGAGAUUUUUGAACAUAUUUGGAGCAAUCUAUAG